AUGGACAUCCCACGUACCACUUCAUCGGACCCUUUGGACUCCCAAACUUCUUCUAAGGGUCUUUGGCCAGCUAAGCUGCUCCGGGGCUUGCUCCUCGCCUUCCUGCUCGACGCUUUUGUCCGUCCAACAAAGCCGUCACAGUCAUCUCGUACCAGAGCCAUCAGCAUCGCCGGCUCGGUUCUACUUUUCGUAAUUGCCGGGUCAUGGCUACGUCUUGUGGACACUUAUGUCCCUGAGCCCUACCUCGAUGAGGUUUUUCAUAUCCCGCAGGCGCAGACCUAUUGCGCGGGGCGCUUCUGGGACUGGGAUGACAAGAUCACCACUCCGCCAGGCCUUUACCUACUCGCGGCGCUGUAUCACAAAGCAUCUCUGUUUGCCGAGUGCACCCCUUUUGCCCUCCGGGCAAGCAAUCUCUUCGCCACCCUUCUGAUCUUCCCACUUGCUGCCCAAUGUCGCCAGCUCAUUGAGGCCCGUUGCGCAGAGCAAAAGGGGGAACAGCCGACACCAAACGUCUCGUUCUACUCCUACCAUACGGCUCUCAACACUACGUUUUUCCCUGUCAUAUUUUUCUUCUCGGCUCUGUAUUACACCGACGUGGUGUCGACCUUCGUUGUCCUCGCGGCUUACCGAAACCAUCUGCUGCGUCUGGGGUCUCGGCGGCCUAGCUUCUUGAACGAUAUACUGACUGUCGUAUUGGGAGUUUUUGCCCUUUUCAUGCGUCAAACCAAUGUGUUCUGGGUCGUUGUAUACAUGGGCGGCCUGGAAGCAGUUCAUGCUGUGCUCUCGGCGAAACCUGUUGCUCAGGGGUUCCUUAGUACGGUUCACGAUCCACCAUUGAAUGAAGCUGGUCCAGAAGAUUGGGUGUUGUGUCUGCUUAGCUUAGCCGUCGCUGGGCUACGGUAUCCAGGACGCGUCCUGAGACAGAUAUGGCCUCACAUCACCAUCCUCGCUCUCUUUGUGGCCUUCGUGGCCUGGAACGGUGGUGUGGUUCUUGGAGACAAGUCCAACCACGUCGCCACCGUCCACCUAGCGCAGAUGCUCUACAUCUGGCCCUUGUUCGCAUUCUUCUCCGCUCCCCUCUUCAUUCCCUCCGCAGUCUCCCUCAUCACACAUCCGUUACGCCAUUUCCGUGGCUCAGGUGCCGGCGCGUCAAAGCUCUCAACCCCGAUCAACGCAGCUUACACCGCCGUCACGCUGAUCCUCUCCCUCGCCAUAAUAAAAUACAACACCAUCAUCCACCCCUUCACCCUCGCCGACAACAGACACUACAUGUUCUACGUUUUUCGGUACACCAUCCUCCGCUCGCCCGCCCGCCGCUUCGCUCUCGUCGCGGCAUACACCCUCUGCCGCUGGCUCGUGUGGGAUACUCUUGCCGGGAAAGGCGCCACAACAUCUCCAUCCCAAAUCCCAGUACAGGACCUCUCCCUCCUCGACAGCACAUCCUCCCCACCAUCAACCGCCCCGCCAAGCACGAGCACAGCGAUCCUGCUCUUCCUAACCACAGCCCUGUCCCUCGUGACAGCACCACUCGUCGAGCCAAGGUAUUUCAUCCUCCCCUGGGUGUUUUACCGGCUGCUGGUGCCGGCACAGAAGAAUCAGGCACCUCUUCCAGCGGCGGGUUGGUGGGGGUGGUUGGGGAAACUGGGGCAAAAGUAUGACCUGCGGCUUGUGCUGGAGACGGUCUGGUUCCUGGCUGUCAAUGCGGGGACCAUGUACAUGUUUCUUUUCCGCGGGUUUUACUGGCGUGGGGAGGACGGGGGGUUGUUGGACGAUGGGAGGGUGCAGAGGUUUAUGUGGUAG